AUGAUCUCUCAUGAAUCCAUUGCUGCUGAUGAAAUUAUUAGAGCCAAUAUCUGCAAAAACGACUUAUCAGACAAAGUCAUAUUUUGUCGUUUCUUGAACGGUGGAAAACUUCAAGUAUUUGAAAUAAAUCCAUGCCUCUGCACGCACAUCCUCCUAGAUUUUGGAACUUCAGCUUCAGAUAUAAAGAAAUUUACUUAUCUGCGUUCAUUGAAUCACAGGCUCCAAAUCUUAGGAACUAUUUCUGUUGACGUAUCUAACAUGACUGUCAAUCCUCACAACUUGUCUGCCUGGGCUUUAAACAAUCAAUUCGAUGGAUUGGAUUUGCUCGUUAAAAGUGAAGCUGCUUCAAAUGAUACGCAACCAAAUAAUGUUGUUUUUUUCAUAAAGGAAAUAAAAAAUUUAUUGAAGAAAUCUCGCGAAGGAUCCCCAAAAGCUUUGAUGCUAACUCUCACAGGAAAUACACUUUUGCAUUUAGAGAAAAUACUCAGUCAAGACGAAUUCAGGGACAUUGAUUUCAUGAGUAUACUAGAAAUGAAUGAAACUGAUUCAAGCUCAUCGAGGAACUUCUUUUUAAAUUUGAGAAGACUGAUGGAAGAACGAACUCCAAAAGAAAAGAUUUUGAUAUCUCUAAGCAUUCGUCAAACUUUGGCAGCUCAAUACAAUGGAAAGAAUUUUCAUGUAAUAUUAUAAAUAGAUUUAUAAAUGGAAAUAUUUUUUAAUGUUUUAUAAUAUUCUGUGUUUUAAUUGUU